GAUUAUUAUGAUUAUUAAUAAUGAUAAAUUAUGAUACAUAAUUAUUAUUAUGUAUUUUGGCAGAAACAAUGGUUGCCUUGAAGGUAAAUGUUUGUAAUGGUAGUAACGCUGGCGACUUUCACGGAAGCUCGACAGGAACAGUUACCCGCGAUAACAAGCGAGUUUACUCAAGUUCAUUUGCAGGGGAAGAGUCGCUUUUGGCACAGACUGCCAUUGUAAGGAAGCACACUGAUCAAACAGUGCUAUUGUACAGACUGUGCUUUGGACUGCGAGAUUAGACAUGUUUUCCAAUUCAAUGCUGAGGACUGGAUUAUUUUUAUGCAAGCAGGACUACGGAGGAAUAAAAUGCCUCACAUCGGUAUUCUGCACUCGGACGACCAGUACACUUAUAGAUGGUGAUAAACAAAAAACCAUGGACGACUUGGAUGGUCCUAGCUUUCUGACAUCAUUGUACUGGCUCUUUGGGAAAGGGUAUUUUCAAACGACACAUCAAAUGCAGAUAGAGCACAGCAAAAUCUAUGGCCCCCUUUGGAAGUCCAAGUAUGGACCACUGGUUGUUGUUAAUGUGGCCAAUGCAGACCUCAUAGAACAGGUUCUACGGCAAGAGGGGCGCCAUCCCAUCCGUACUGACAUGCCCCACUGGAGAGGUUACCGAAAACUCCGGAAUCAUGCCUAUGGACCACUCACGGAAAUGGGAGCGGAGUGGCAGCGCAUUAGAAGCAUCCUGAAUCCUCGUAUGCUGAAGCCCAAACACGUGUCCUCCUACACCAAUGCCAUUAAUGGUGUGGUGAGCGACUUUAUUGAGAAGGUGACAAAGCUUAGGACAACAAAAGGCAAUGACCUUAUGGUUAAUGAUGUGGCAGGAGAACUGUACAAGUUUGCCUUUGAAGGAAUAUGCUCAGUGUUGUUUGAAACUCGUAUGGGGUGUCUGAAUGAUGUGGUUCCUGAAGAAACACAGAAAUUUAUCUUCUCUGUUGGGGAAAUGUUCCGUCUUUCUCCCAUCGUGAUCCUGUUCCCCAAAUCUCUCUGGCCCUACAUGCCUUUUUGGAAGCAUUUUGUGGCUGUUUGGGACCAUUUGUUCAAAGUUGCGGAGGAACUAGUGCAAAAGAAGAUGGUAGAGAUUCAGGAAAGGGUGAAACAUGGACUGCCAGUGGAGGGCGAGUAUCUCACACACCUCCUGAUCAGUGAACAGAUGUCCUUCACUGAGGUUUUGGGAAGCAUUACAGAGCUUCUGCUGGCAGGAGUCGACACUACAUCAAACACUAUUUCCUGGGCGCUUUAUCACUUGGCACGGGAGCCAGAGAUCCAGCAGAAGCUGUAUGAGGAGGUUAUCAGAGUCUGCCCAGGUGACAAAGUCCCCUGCAGUGAAGACAUCACCAGGAUGCCAUUGCUAAAGGCCAUCGUUAGAGAGACUCUUCGUUUAUAUCCGGUGGUUCCUGGAAAUGCUCGUGUCAUUGCUGAAAGAGAAAUAGUGGUGGGUGACCACCUCUUCCCUAAAAAUACUCUUUUCCACCUCUGCCACUUUGCAGUGUCCUACGAUGAGAAGGUGUUUCCCAAUCCUUCUGCCUUCCUCCCUCAGCGCUGGAUCCGGGGGGAGAAGCAGUUAAACCAGCAUCCCUUCGGAUCUGUGCCGUUUGGCUUUGGCAUCCGCGCCUGCCUGGGCCGCAGAGUGGCUGAACUGGAGAUGUACCUCCUCUUGUCCCAGUUAAUUAAACAUUAUGAAGUGCAUCCAGACCCUUCAGGAAGGACUGUGAAGCCGAUCACACGAACUCUGCUGGUCCCUGCCACAUCCAUUGACCUGCAGUUUAUUGAUAGACAAAAGGAGCAUAAGGAACCAAUCAAAGCAAAUGCUUCUCUAUAAAUAACUGUGCACUUCUCAAAGCAAUUUGCUUCUAGAUAAUGUUGUUUACAUAUUUAAUAUGACUUGCAUAAUGCGUAGCCCUGUGGACACAAGUGCUUACUAAAUUACAUUGCUUGACUUGCUUGACUGUUUAAAGGCAUUUUUAUUUAUAAUAGCACUUACAAUAACACUUAUUUUGCUGUUAUAAAUACCUAUUAUACAGUAUACUGUAAAUGAACUCAUUUUUGAAAUUACAUUGUAUAAAUAAUUUGUUUUAAUUGCAUGUGAAUUAAUGUAUCAGAUGUGAGAAUUUUUAGAUCCUUUACAAAUACACUCUUAAAAAUAAAGGUGCUUCACGAUGACAUAGAAGAACCUUUUUGUCUAAAUGAUUCCAUAAAGAACCUUUAACAUCUGAAGAACCUUUCUGUUUCACAAAAGGUUCUUUGUGGUGAAAGAAGGUUCUUCAGAUUAUAAAAAGGUAAGGAAGAGAUGGUUCUUUAAAGAACCUUUGCCUGAAUGGUUCUUUGUGGAACCAAAAAUGGUUCUUCUAUGGCAUCGCUUAAAGAACCUUUUGAAGCAACUUUAUUUUUAAGAGUGUAGUGUCAAUUUGUAUUUUGUUUUGUGAAUGCACCUUCAUCUUUUAAUUAUGUUUUUUAUUUUUAUUUUUUUAGAGGAAAUGAAUCUUACACCUUAACAUAUCUAUUUUCAGGUUACAUUUUCCUUGCUGGCAAGUAUAUAGUAGGAAUAAUAUUGAUAAUAAUUGACCACAUGUUGCAACACCUGCCCACAUUUUCCAUGAAAUCCUUCUCUCUAGUUCAGUUUCAAAAUGAACGCAAACGCCAAUGAUGCCCCCAUGUGGGUGAGAAUUGUAAAUGCAAUAAAUAGAAAUAUUCCAGCUUUUACAUAUUUCUGUUUUUGUUCCACUUUUAUGUCUACAAAAAAAUUAAUGUGAUUAAAAAAAACAAUCU